AUGCAGAAUAUACAAUCACGGUUGCCAGUAAAAGGAGCGGCCCGCACGAGCGUGUUGUCCAAGUCAUGGCUACACGCUUGGUCUACCAUCCCUAUCCUGAGGCUCGAUGUUCGAAGAGGAAAGAGCAUGAAGUUGGUGGACGGGGACCGCACUCUGAUUAGGUAUCUCCGUGACAACAUACCAAUCGAAAGGUUUGAUCUUAUGAUCGACAUCGAGAGCCAGGAGUCGGCUUCUCAUGCUGAAAAAUGGAUCGGGGCCAUCGCAGCCAAAAGUUGUCUUAGAGAGUUGUCCCUCUCAAUCGAUAUUGCUCUUUUGCGUACCUCGUUAACAUUACCAGAUGAGAUACUCUCGGGUGAGAACCUAACUAAGAUAAGAGUUUCAGCUUCGAAUGGAAUCCAUUAUGUUUGGAUGACGACUAGCUAUCAUCCUGUGAUCAACUUGCUCGAGAAGAUAGAGCUUCUAGAUUCUUGCAAGGGGUUCAAGACCUUCAAGGUUAAAAACCUUCUUCGACUUUACGAAUUACGAAUAGAUUUAGAUGCUGUUCACUCUACUGCUUUGGAAAUCAGUGAUGUCCCAAAUCUUGGCGUGUUUAGCUACGAUCUACAUGUUUGCAGACCACAUAUGCCUAUUAUUCCUUUCAACGCCCUUUCAAUAUCAUUAGGACGCAGCGUGACACGAUUAAUGUUAGGUGGCGUGAUAACAGACAACGCGUGUCUCGAAAUGAUCAAAACGGAAUUUCCUUUUCUCGAGAGUUUGACGCUUGAUAUGACAUCUUGGAUGUUAGGAAGCUUCCAUUUCACAUGUGCUUCCAUCAAGAGAUUGUCCUUGCUGUCGUGGCGACACAUGCUUAUCGAUGUACAAGUUUAUGCUCCAAAUUUUUUUUUUUUGAGUUUGGUGGCCACACAUUGCCUAGUCUCUUAUUUCCAGUCUCGUCUCUCAAGCAAAUCAAGGCUCAUGCUGAGGGAGAUCUUGGAGAAGAAGACCAGAAUCGCGUAUUGGCCUCAUUACCUGAAACAUGUUCAAAUAAGACAAUAUCGUCAUCAGAAAUGGAAAACCCUAACAGUUUCCCACAGAUGCUUUUUAGAUGGAUCGGCCCCUGGUGUCUACAUGUACUUCAAACUAAUGUGGCGUUAA